GCACAGCUCAAGGCGGAAGAGGCGGAGAGAAAGCGCAUCGAAAACGAGAAAGCGCUCCGCGACAAGCAUUCGAAGGAGCUGAAGGCCCAGAUCCAGUCGAGGGAGGAGAAAGCGUACCAGGAGCGGCGCGAUUUCCUGGAGCUGGGCAACCAGAUGAAGGCCCUGGAAGCUGGCGAGCGCGCCAGGCUGGAAGGCCUGAAGGCCAAGAAGAUCGAG